GAACCGAUGACACUGACAAACACAUUGUUAUUCAAGCGAACACUUUACGGGGAACGAACGUAAAGUUAGUUUAAUAAUGAUUUAUUACGUUUUUAUUUAAUUAAAUCGAAUUAUUUAAACCAAUUACCAAUAUGUUGAGUUAUGGUGCGCGUGUUCUAUACUGAAGUGUUCGUACCAAAUAAAAAUUACAAAUAUCGUGCAUAGCAAGUGUUUUGUUAAGUUGCAGUGACAAUAUUUGUGUUUUUACCGUAAAUUAUAAGAAAUCAAAAUGGUGACAUCAAACGUAAGGAGCGGGCUCCUACUAGGCUUUGGGUCUUUCAUGGUGGUGUCCGGAGCAGUCAUGGUGAUCUUCUGGCCACCAUUAUUCACCACACAGUUGCAGAAGAUGAUGACGCUAAGCCCAGAUUCAAUGUCAUUCAGUAUAUGGCGGGAAACCCCCAUACCUAUGUACCUGGAAAUAUUUUUCUUCAAUAUAAGUAAUGUGGAUGAAAUAGUGGCUGGGACGGCCACGAAGGUUCGAGUCGAAGAGAUGGGCCCAUACGUUUUUGAAGAGUCUCACGUGAAGGUAAACCUGACAUGGAACGACCACAACAGCACAUUGACGUUCUACAACCAGAGGUUCUGGCACUUCAAACCUGAAAUGUCCAACGGAUCCAUAUCAGAUAAUAUCACCAGUAUCAACCCUAUUGUGGCGACAAUAGCCUACAUGAUGAGACACCAGCGUCUGAUCAUCAAAGUCCCAGUGGACGUGUUCCUCCGGCUGUACCAUCGCAACAUGUUCCUCACAGCCAACGUCUCCUCGUGGCUGUUCGACGGCAUCAGCGAUCCAGUGCUGGAUAUCGCCAAUGAAAUACCUAACCUUCCUCUUGCUAUCCCGUAUGAUAAGUUCGGCUGGUUUUAUGAGCGAAACGGCUCACUAGAAUUCGACGGCUCCUUCAACUUAAACACCGGUGCUUCCGACUUCUCCAGGCUCGGCAAUGUAGAACAGUGGAAGUUCUCCAACAGAACUGACCACUGGGGAGAAUGUGGGGUCGUCAAGGGGUCUACGGGAGAACUGUGGGCUCCGGAGUACGGACAACCCGAGCUCUUUGUAUUCGCUAGUGAUGUUUGCUCAUAUAUAACGUUAAGCAAAGAGCGCGAAGUGUACGUGGAAGGAAUACAAGGCGUGCAGUACUCAGCCAAUGACUCCAUAUUCGACAACGGAUAUAAAUACCCACAGAUGGCGUGCUACUGCGACAUAGUCCGCGACGACAACUGUGUCCCGGCGGGCGCGCUGAACGUGUCGGACUGUCGCUUCGGGGCGCCGGCCUUUGUGUCGCUGCCACACUUCCUGCACGCCGACCCCGUGUACGCCAGCAAGAUCGACGGCCUCAAUGCUACUGAGGACAUGAACUUCAGACUGGCGCUGGAGAUGUUCACGGGCAUGCCGCUGUCGGUCGCCGCACAGCUGCAGAUCAACCUGCUCGUCAGGCAUAUACCCGGGAUCACUAUAAACAACAUGCUCCCGGACCGCGACACGAUGGUGCCAAUGUUCAGGUUCCGGCAGGAGACCGCCACCACGCCCGAGUACGCGGCCCUCGCCAGGCAAGCGUUAAGGUUAAGGUACUGGAUACCUUACGCCAUGUAUGCUCUUACUGUAAUCGGCGUGCUUCUACUAAUAUGGGGAAUAACGUUACUCGUUAGGAAAUUAAUCACAUCACCAGAAACAGAGCCUAUACUAUCAGACACAGAGGAACAAGGUGGUACAUAACUUACGUACAUAAAGUAAGUGAAAAACAAGUCAUUUUGUAUACAAUUUGUAUAAAAACAUAUUUUUACUUUUAUAUGGACAUGAAUGUGAGAAAAAGACGAUUUUUUAUGUAUAUAAUUCGAUAAUAUUUAGUAAAGAUAUCGUUGAGUUUUGAAUAGUGGUUGUCAAAUGUGAAUGGAAUUCUUUAUUGAAGAUAUUUUUGUAUUUUUUUUGAGUAUGGUAAUACUGUACGUUCUUUGAAAUCGUUCUUGCCCAGCUAUUUUGUUGUUGUAAGUAUAUUUAUAAUGGAAAUUGACUGAAUAUUGGGUCACAUCAUAAUGAAUAAAAUUAACGAAUAACGUGUAAUUAGAACAUAAUUUGUUAUUUUAAUCAACAUUUGACAAACAUUUUUAUUCGAUGAGUUUUUGAUAUUAAUUUUGUAGUUGACUUAACUAAAACGGGCAUAAUUUCUAAAUAUUAUAAUAUGAUGUUACUAUACCAAUGUUUCUUGUAAAUAAAUCCUAAUGCCUUUAUAAUAUUUAGUUCAAUUGCAUUGUUGCUAAGACUAACCAAUGACUGUUGACUUUCAUAAUAUUUUUAAUACUUUUAGUUUUAGUGAAAUGAGCUUCCCAAGUAGUUUACUGCCAUAGUUAGUUCCAUUCUGUAUACAGGGUGUAUUUUUGAACUUUAACUGUAUAUGGCCUAAGAAAAACACAUUUUAAAAGACAAAAUUAGGCAUAAUUUUUUAAUUAUUUUGUCUGAUACUAAACCAGUUUCAAUAUUUGACAUUAAGAAUACUUAGGUGAUAUUUUUUAAAUUAAAACGUUUGGUAAAAAAUUCACCCUGUAUAAUUAAUACUGGCAUUCCUAGAGCAUGCUCAAUUUUGUUUCAUAAGUGCCUUAAAGCUAUAAGCUAGCUAGUAAAUGUAGUUAAAAUAAAAUAAUAAUUCUUUGUUUAUAUAUGUUUCUUGCCUAUGGCAAUACUGUACCUUCUACAUGUAUGUAUUGUUACCGAUAUUUCAUUUAUUGACUGUUGCAACAUUUAUUUUAGAAUACCGUUGAGUUUUUACUGUUAUGUAUUAAUUGAACAGUUUUUUUUAAGAAUAUUAUAUACCGUCAUUACCAUUUUUUUUAUUGUGGAUGUGUGGAUGUAAACUGUUGGUAUAUAAAUAAAUGCGAGAGAAACCGCGGGAGACAGCUAGUCAUGUAUACCUGUUGUUUCAAGAGUUACCAUUUACCUAAAAAACCCUAUUUUCUUCCUGACAAAGACAAUUUUCCAUUUUUGUAAGUACUAAAAGUUUUUUGAACAAAUUAUUUUGUUACAGUUUCUUUAAUAAGUUCUUUUUUGUAUUAUUACAUAGAUAUUAUGUACUUAUUGAUUUUAAAAAGAUAUUCAUGUAAAUAGAUUAUAUUAUAUUGAUGUAAAUAUUGACGAGUUGAAUCAAUUUAUAAUUGUGUUUGUUGAAAUAUAUUUAAUACUAUUUUUUA